AAAGAAAAUGAAUUGUAGUUAUUUAGAGCUUGGUUUAGUUCAUUGUCCAAACUGGUACUCUCCCACCCAGCUAUAACCUAUAUUUGCAAGAAGGAUUUGUUUUGUAGCAGAAUCUAUGACGAGUCGUUGUGUUGCCUCCGCUUUGUCACCUCCUCUUCACAGAUUCACCGCCAGAAUUUCCAUUGCAUCGCUGGGUUGGCUCUCUUGCUCACCCAAGACCCGCCCCGAGCCACUCUCCAUUACCAGAAGUUUCAGCGUCGUCGCACUUUCCGCCUCAAGUAAACCUCUGGCAAAAUCACUAAAGGUGAGAUCGGUGGCUACUCCUGCAGAAGGUGUUGCUGUCUUUGAUGACAUGGUUUCUGGGACUGAGAGAAAGUAUUACAUGCUAGGUGGCAAGGGAGGUGUAGGGAAGACAAGUUGUGCUGCCUCACUUGCAGUAAAAUUUGCUAACAGUGGGCACCCCACUCUUGUGGUUUCCACCGAUCCUGCACAUUCCUUGAGUGAUUCCUUUGCACAGGACUUGGCUGGUGGAACAUUGGUACCAGUUGAAGGUCCUGAUGCCCCAUUGUUUGCUCUUGAGAUAAACCCGGAAAAUGCUAGGGAAGAGUUCCGCAGUGCAGCUCAGAGAAAUGGUGGAACUGGGGUAAAAGAUUUCAUGGAUAGUAUGGGCCUUGGAAUGCUUGCAGAACAGUUAGGAGAGUUAAAACUAGGAGAGCUACUAGACACACCACCUCCUGGUUUGGAUGAAGCUAUUGCAAUAUCCAAGGUGAUGCAAUUUCUGGAAUCACAAGAAUAUGGCAUGUUUACUCGUAUAGUAUUUGAUACUGCACCCACGGGUCACACUUUGCGACUUUUGUCCUUGCCAGACUUCCUGGAUGCAUCUAUAGGCAAGAUAUUGAAGCUUAAACAGAAAAUAGCAUCGGCCACCUCAGCCAUCAAAUCUGUUUUUGGGCAAGAAGAAACCCGGCAGGAUGCAGCUGACAAAUUAGAGCAUCUGCGGGAGAGGAUGAUAAAAGUGCGGGAGCUUUUUCGUGACACAGAUUCAACUGAGUUUGUCAUCGUAACAAUCCCCACGGUGAUGGCGGUUAGUGAGUCAUCUAGGUUGCAUGCCUCUUUGAAGAAGGAGAAUGUUCCUGUAAAGAGGCUUAUUGUUAAUCAGAUUCUUCCUCCGUCUGCCUCAGACUGCAAAUUCUGUGCUAUGAAAAGAAAGGAUCAGAUGCGUGCUCUUGAUAUAAUUCAAGGUGAUCCAGAACUCUCCCACUUGACUUUGAUCCAGGCACCUCUGGUUGAUGUGGAGAUUAGAGGUGUUCCAGCUCUCAGAUUUUUGGGAGAUAUUAUUUGGAAGUGACCAUAUAAACAAUUUAGGGAGAACCACAUUUCAGUGAACUGAAACUUCGGAUGCUUCUUCCCCCAGCAGGGAAACUGAACCACUGGGGGAUAUUUAUGGCCAGCUGCAAUGCCAAGCACGGUUUAUCACUUGGUAGCUUGGUAAGUUCAUGAGUCAAGUAUCCAAGCUCAGUGUACUGCCCCAAAUUUUGAGUUUUGAGAUGGUUGAAAACCGGGUGCUUGAGAUUCGCUGCCCCGAGUAUAGUCUUGGGUGGGUCCCACAAUUCUUCUUGGGCCCCAAAUCUUUGUUAUAAUUUUAUUUUCUUAUAGCCUUUGAGAUAGAUGUCUCUGUUUUUUGAGGUUGGUAAUGCUUGCACAUAUCCUCAGAUAUACGAAAUGCAUUAUUAAUCUCGAACAAAUCAUUGUGUAUCCAUCCGUUUGGAUUCCAGAACACGCCGGAAAUUGAAUAGACGGUGAAAAUUGCAACCA